CUCUCUCUCUCUCUCUCUUUCCAGAUGCAUCAUUCACUCGAUGCUUUAACAUCAUCACACGACUACAUCUGAAAAACUUGAGGGACAUUUGGUGAAUUUUGGAACGUUUUUCCUAAAGGCUCCUCCUGAAGGAUUUUGUGGCUCUUCAUCAUUUUCAGCCAUGCCUAGUCCACUGGAGAGAGUGGUGGCACAGAAGAAGGAGGCCAUCGAGGCUGUAAUGGAGCUGUUCGAGAGAGGAUCCGAGGCCUUGGCUAGCGCAGUCGGAGAGAUUUUUCCCCUGUGUGAAGCUGCAGCUCCAGUUCUGAAACUAGCUUUGGAUAAUGUCGAAAGUAAGGAGGUAGUCUUUGUCAAAGAGCAGUUCCUAGUCGUGAGGAAUAGGCUUGACGUGAUCUCGUCCCAGCUUGAAGACAUCAACUCUGAGAUACAGAAGGGACGUGUUGAUUCUCAAUACUUUACUGUGGAGGAGAACAUACGCAACCAGUUCCGCAAAUAUCUCGACAUCUUGGAAGCCAAGCCCCAGUUUCAGGAAGUCAAACAACGUUUGUUCUUGGAUCAUUUCAGCAAGACGGGUGGUGAGAAGAACCUCUAUGUGCUAUAUGAUGCUCUGAUGGGCAGAAACACUUUUGGGGAGUCCAUCCUGGAUGUGGUGGAGAGAUAUGAGGCGAGGAACAGAAGGGUGCUAGAAGACUUCUGUGUCCGGAUGAAAGAACUCUUCUGCCUGGGGUUGAUCGUCUUGCUAGGUCACUGUGCCCUCACUCAAGGGGAAGAUAUGGAGCAAGAGAAGCUCUCUGAAUGGAGUGUGAGUAUUCAAGAGGUCGAGACCAAGAUGAAGGCAGUCAUUGAAGAAUGUGUGAAGUCAUUUCCAGAGCAGGCAUGUCUGGAUGUCCAGAAGCUAGUUCACGAGAAAGAGGGAGGUAAUCUCCAGGACAUGGCCCAGGAGCUGCUCAGUUUCCUGGAGAAGAAGUAUGAUUGGGUGAAGUGGUCUGUUCGCAUUAUUAACCACUCUGGAAGCAGCAACUGGCGCAUCUGGCGCAACUGGCGUACCAGAGACAACUUCCAGUAUGUUAAAGGACAGAACUGGUUUGAUGUGCUGCAGGUAGAAGACAACAAUAUAGUCGUGUCCUAUAGCAGCAAUCCACAGCCUCUUUCCAAGGACACCAUCCAGCUGCUGAUGGAUGGUCCGGGUAAGAAGGGGGAUGCCGAAGCUGUGGUGGAGAAUCUGGAGAAACCUCUGUCUGGUUUUAUGGUCCAUGCUGUCAGCAGACGUAAACAGAGCUUCGCAGCUUGGAACUUCCCAGAAGACUGCCAUUACUGGGAGAUACAUAAAAAUGUGGCCCUGUGUGUGCAUUCAGAUGAGUAACAAGGCCAAAAGAAGAAACUAGACGCCUUAUUAGUUUGUGUUCAUUAUAUAUUGGACAUGUUUAAUCAUGUUUCAUCACUUUUAAUCUAUUUAGCCAGACAUGAUUAUAUGUCACAUUUUAACCUUCUUAUAUCUUAUGUCUUAAUCUCCAUGACAUGCCUUAAUAACUAAUAAUGUCAAAAUCCAAAGUAUGCACUUUAGCCAUAACUAUAGACCUCUACUUGCCUGAUUAAUCAGAAUUAAUUGCAUGGCUUGCUAUUUCCACUAUACAGGCCACUUAGACUCUUUCUUGAAUGCUUUUCUGACCACAAGCUACAGCAUCUUGAAAUCUUCUCUUGGUACACACAUGUAUAUUAAUAUAUAAUGGUGUUUUCUGACAACUUUUGAACACUGUGACACAGUAAGACCCUGGUCUCAAUCUUAUUCCAAGGAUUUUGAUGUUCAGUUAUUUGUAAUAUCAAUCAAGCAGCAUCUUCCUGAGAACAUAGAUGGUUUAUUGACAAAAUGUACCAGAUGUUCAAGUGUAAACUUGUGAGAUCAAAAGUCACACUUUAUAUUAAAAUGAUAUAAUGAGUAUCUGCAAUUGGGCGAUAAGGUACAUAUUAUGACAGUGUACUGCAGUGAUUUAGGAGAAAAUGAUAACACUGACUAUUUUAGUUAACAUCUUGCGGACUAAGCAUCAUAAAUAUUGAUUUUGUUGAACAGUAUGGCAAGAAACAUAGCUUUAGACAUUACAUGGACACGCUUGCCAAAGUGCUGUCCUAUUUAUUCUGUGCAAGAUUGCUGUCUCAGGAUGCCCUAUAUGAGCUGGCCUGAAAAUGAUAUCAGCUAUGAAAAGAUCCAGCAGAUCACAAUUUCAAUCCAACUUUCAUUGUUCUGCUGCAAACCCUGUGCCUAAUUAUGAAAAUAAAAUUAAACC